AUCCGAAACCCUCAGGCGAAACGUUGUAUCCUUUAUCAGAAUUACGUCAGUGUUACCUGACUCAAGGGGGCGGAGGAAGCUGUGAUCUACAUGGGCAGGAUCAACUUAGUGCCCACAUGGGGAGGGACCAGACGAAAGGUCCGUCCAAUGCGGACAGGGGGCAUAGCCUACCGUCUCUGGUCACUCCCAGGGGCGGUAGUGUGAGUGAUAGUGUAGAGGAGAAAGAAGGGACUGGCUUUGAGUGCAGGGGGAGGGAUCAAAUGACGGACUGGAAUGGGAUUAGAUCGGAGGCUUUGGGGAAGGGUAUAGUUCCAGAGGCAUUCCGGGUGAUUGUGAGUGAUCGUGGUCCCGAAUGGGUGCCGCCUGACCCCGGGGGUGUUACGCGCCUGGUGGAAUUUAUGGAUAAAAGAGGCUUGAAAUCGCCUCUGACAUUAAAUGCACUACAAACUUUGGCUGCACUGGGGCCUCUCUUCCCCCGUGACAUCACAAACUUAAUGCGUAUGGUGCUCAGGCUGGUUCACUAUACGUUAUGGGAGACGGACUGGAUGGCCGAGUUGGGGGGCCGUGCCGGGGCGACAGGGGUCGGCCCGCGCCGCUCCCUGCAUGGGACCGGCAUACAGCGGCUUUCAGGGAAGGCCGUGGGAGUGGCUUCGCCCCAGGGCCAGCUAGCGAGACUAAGGCCAGGGGAGCUAAUAGCAGCCACAGAUGCAAUGGUGGAAGCGUUUAAUAAACUUGUGCAUAAGGCCGAACCACCUGCUCCAUGCACAGAUAUUACCCAGGGCCCAAAUGAAUCCUUUCAAAGCUUUGCAGACAGGCUUUUAGCUGCUGCAGAGGGGUCUGAUCUCCUGAAACUGGCCCAAAGGCUAGUGAUCAUUGACUGCCUGCAGCAGAAAUCGCAUGACAAUGUUAAGGCAUUGCUGCGAGCCGGCCCAAGUAUGCUUAAUACCCAGGGAGAAGUUAUUCAGUAUGUCUUAGAUAAGCUCAAGGUGGCUCAUUUAACUAAUGAAGGGCUAGCCACAGCUAUUGUCGUAGCUGUUGGCCUGCGACAGCAAAGAUCGCUGCAGCAGCAAGGGCUGUGUUUCCGAUACGGCCAGUAUGGCCAUGUUGGAGCACAGUGCCCCUGUGGGGGAGGUCAGUCAGGGCCUCCUGAUCACAGGAAGGGCUUGCUAUAGGGUAUCAGUCAUCGGGUAUGUGGCAGUUAAACAUCAUGAAUCUGGGAAAUUCUGUGGGUACCAUCGCGAAAAGUAAUACCAGAUAUAAGUAACCUAUCUGCAAAAACUGAGUCUAGGUGCGAGUUUUCUACAGAAAUUCUUCAUUGGCAAACCGAAGCCAACUCCAGAACAACUGAGGGACAGACGAUGGGAUCGAGAACCAUUCAUCAAGAGGAGCACUACACCUGCAACGCUGACACUUCCAAUGUUGCCGAUGUUUAUGGUGUUCCUGGCGAUUACAGCGUGUUGCAAACAACUACAAUGGACGCAAGAACAUCUGCAGAAGAUUAAAGAAGAAAGUGAACCCUUUGGAAACUGGCUGAACAGACUGUUUGGGGGAACGGGUUCAUGAUUAAAGCAAUUGCUUAAGGUUUUCGCAAUAGGGUUUGCAAUCUUUGUGUGUAUUCUAAUCUAUCUUCCACGCUUUGUAGGAUGCUUGUAGAACUGCCUUCAGCGAAUUAUGGAAAAGACUUUUGACUAUCAGAUUGAGUAUCAUAGACUGCGUGAAAAGUUGUAGAAGGGUUUAGGUUGUUGUGUUCAUGCUGUAACGGGGCAAGGCUUGGCUGAGCACGGGAAAGGAUUCCCUGUUGCUCUGAUGUUUGCUUAAGAUUUGUAGAAAGUAGUAGGAAUAGUGUGCUGAAAUAUAUUUAGGAUUAGGCGUUUUGCGCUGCUUCGCGAUGUACGGGUUAGGCGUGUGUGUAAGUAGUAUUUAGCUUAGGGAGGGGGAGAUGUUGUAGUAAGCGUCUUGCGGGGGCACGGGAUGUACGGGACAGGCCUCUCCCUAAGCAUAGAGAGACAGUGCUAUCGUGCUGACCUUGAUGCAGAGAAAACAGGAGAAGAAGAAGAAUGAGAAAAGAAUGUGGAGAUGGCCAAAUAGGGCACGGUGUUGUCUGGUAUGAACCAAUCAGAGUGGGACAUGACAGCACGGUUUUGUAGGUAAAAAUGUGAUAUAAGCUGUGUUUAGUAGUGAAUAGAGGUCAUUUUACCGCUCAUCAUAUUGGUGUCACCUCGGUAUAUGGCCAAGCCGCAGGCUCCCCUAAGCAACGAACAUCACGGUUGCCUGCGAAAGGCAACACUGUCUUCCACUAGCAUUUAAGAAUUGUGAAACAAACUGAAUCUUGCUGUGUAUAUCACUUAGUUUCACGAAUCACCCUACGGUGUUUGUUCAUUUACCUGAAGUUAAAACAGGGCUCUGACUUACUGCUUAUGGAGAGUUGAUAAGAAUGAUUAUUUAACAUUCCCAAGUUCAUGUAUGUGAAAUGACUCAAACAAGAGAUCCAUGAGAAUACUGUAGCUUAAUUUGGUGACACUGGAAAUGAGUGCAUGUUUUCCCCACCAGAAGGCAUAUUUCACAGCAUUACAAUACAUGUUUCUCCUUACAUCAGCAGCAACAGUAUAUCAGUGUGCUAUUAACCCUAUCUGGGCUGAAAGCAGGGGAUGGGGAGGGUGCCAUGCAGUGCUAACUCAAGUUAUGGCAACUAAGUUUAUGCAUUUGAUACACUGACUAAAUACAGUCCUGUGAACAGAAAAAAAAUAUGCAGCUAUGCUUUCUGUUUUGAGAAAGGAAUUUGAUAACAGAUUGUCGAUUGUUCCAGGUAUACCUGGUCUCAGGAGAGAAGAAUGAACUACAACUCUCAGAAGACUUCAUUUUUCUGUUUCCAUUUUCCAUUCAGAGGGAAAGAUAUAACAGACUGGGAGUCACGAGACUUCUAUCUUUGCUCUCUGGCUGUUAUGCCUACAGCAUUAGAGUAAAAACUUAGUUUUCGGAAACUCUCUUUUGCAUUUUAUUUGACUUAUUAGCUUCAGUUCCAAGCAUAUUGUAUUAUAUUGUAUUAUCUCACAUUCCACUACUAUAUUUAAUAAAUUAAGUUUU